AUGCCGGUACGUUUAGUGUUAAUCAAGAUUUGUAUUUAUUUUCGUCUUGGUUUCCUUUCUGGAAGCAAGCUGUAUUAAAUAUUUUGUCGAGUUCAUUCUUUCACUUAUUUUACAUCUACAAGAACUGAAAUACUUACAGAAAUGUCACGAAAAAGAUGUGGAAAAAUUUUUCAAAAUUCGUUCACAAAUUGAACAUUUUUAUUUAUUCUGAAUUCGAUAUUUCAUUUAUAACAGUUAAAUAUCGGAGAAUACUUAAUUUUUUUGGUAAAACGCGUAUCUUAAUAUCCGAGGAAUUGUAUCAAAUUGCACGUAAUUGAACUAAUUCGUAAAUGAACUAAAUGGUAUAAAAAAGAAAAAAGUAAGCCCAAGUUUAUCAAAAAUUUUUAUUUUUAUAAUUUCGGUUCUAAUAAAUGUUACACGAAAUUUCAGGCGGAUAAAGAGAAGAAGAAGAAGACUAAAAAGAAGGAGGAGCCAGCUCCUCCUCCACCAGAGCCAGAGCCAGCACCACCAGCAGAAGAAAAACCACCGACUCCUACGAGUACCCCUAAAGACUCUGGUUCCACUAGAGCAAGUAGUCGAGGUAGCCGUAAGGCUAAACGCGCUGGAUCCAGCGUGUUUUCUAUGUUUACUCAAAAACAAGUUGCCGAGUUCAAAGAGGCAUUCCAACUUAUGGAUCAAGAUAAGGAUGGUAUAAUUGGAAAGAACGACCUCCGUGCAACUUUUGACAAUGUUGGUCGUCUGAUUACUGAUAAAGAACUAGACGAUAUGCUAGCUGAAGUCCCUGCCCCUAUCAAUUUUACUCAACUACUCAAUUUGUUCGCAACUCGCAUGUCGGGAUCAGAUUGAGGCACGCUCUAUUGACGUACGGUGACAAAUUCACUGCGAAAGAGGUUGAUGAUGCUUAUGAUAAUAUGUACAUUGAUGACAAAGGAUUUAUCGAUACGCAAAGCCUUAUCGCAAUGUUAACUGGUGGGGAAGAAGAAGAGGAAUAA